GAUUCUUCAUUGAAACAACCACGAUACAUACCGCUUCUAAGUCUGACUUUAAUCAUUGUAAAAUUAAGAAUUUACUCACUAUUCCAGUUUGCAGAAUGGCGAAAGAGCUUCCGUUAUCGUGUCAAAAAGUUUGGAAACCCGAACUAUACAAGAUUCAACUUGGAGCACCAUCACCAAAGCCAAUUAACUUUGAUAGUCUCAAUGAAGAACGCCCAGACUUUUAUGGGCUUGAAUAUCAUGGGACAAUAAAUCAUAAGGAGAGUGAAAGCAUCUUGGAGGAUAAGCGGGACGGAUCGUACCUCGUACGACGAAGUCCGGGUGCCAAUAGCUAUUACACUUUGAGUCUGCGGUUCGAUCAGAAGACAAAACAUUACAAAAUUUACUAUUCUCCAGACAAAGGACAUUAUCUCCAGGAAAAUUUCAAAAAAUUUGAUACCGUCCAAGAUCUGGUAGCUGAUGGAUUGGUUGAUUUCCACAUGCGAUUACAUGCCGGCCCAAUCAUUCAAGAGAUGAUGAGCCAAACGAAAAACUGCUACGAACAGAGUCCAUACAUGACACUUAACCGACGUAAAUUACGAGUCUUGUCGAACGAGAUAAGGAAAUCAUCCAAACUAUCGAUGCUCAAUGAUGAGAUAUCCACAUUGAGCAUUGAUGAGCCCGGGAACGAUUUGACCGCAAAGCUUAUAGACGAUGCUGACGAUGAAUUAUUAGAAGCUUACGAAAAGUGUCAUGUUUUUAAAACACGCACCUUCAAAGGGCUGAAUUGGUGUGAAUAUUGCGCAAAUUUCCUUUGGGGGUUUUCAUCGCAAGGAGUUCAGUGCGAAGAUUGCGGUUUUGUAGCACACAACAAAUGCUCAGAACUGGUACCCGCGAAAUGCGUGCCCGAUUUAAAGCGACUUCGUGGAAUAUUUGGCGUAGACUUGACACUGCUAAUUACUGCACACAAGUGCAAAAUUCCGUUCAUAGUGAAAAAGUGCGUCGAAGAGGUUGAACAACAUGGAAUGCUGCAGGAGGGCAUUUAUCGAAUAUCAGGCUUUGCUGAUGAAAUUGAAGCGUUAAAAAUGGCUUUGGACAAGGAUGGUGAGAAAGCAGACAUGUCUGCUUUAGCCUACAGUAAUGUAAACGUGAUUUCGGGGGUGCUUAAAAUGUACCUCAGACUUCUACCAGUCCCACUAAUCACGUCUGACUGCUAUCCGGCGUUUAUGCAAGCUAUGGCUAAUAAAAAUGUCGGAGAAAAAAUAUUGGCAAUGCGUGAUGCACUGAAAAAAUUGCCAGUGGCGCACUUUAACUGCUUGAAGUACAUCUUGGAACAUUUAAAUAGGAUCUCUUCACACCAUGCAAUAAACAAAAUGAAUGAACAGAAUCUGGCAACGGUGUUUGCCCCAACGCUCAUAGAAACUCCGCCGCACAUGACCGAUUUGUCUCAGGAAAUUAAUAUGCUUACUGCCUUAAUUACACACUGUAACGCUGUUUUCCUUUAAAAGACAACAUAUACUCUUAAUAAAUAUAUAUUCUAUUUAUACCCAAAACAUAUAAUCUUAUUAAAUCUGACCAACAUGAUUGAUAAAAUUGUUGAU